GAGAGAGAGAGAGAGAGAGAGAGAGAGAGAGCAAACACAAGGAUAGCAGGCUUGACAUAUACAUAUUCGCAGUGAACAAACACAAAUCCUAAUGCCAGAGAGACGAAGCAACUGAGAGAAGAAGGUCAUCUCUAGAACAUUGAAAGAACGUCCUGUUUCUUGUUUGUCCUUGGUGAAUCGUCUCUGUAUAUAUUGUCACUUCACAGGUGGGUCGGACGUGAAGACCAAAACUCUCAGUGGAAGGCUGGAAAUGGGAAUUCAGGAGGUUCUGCUUUGAACUGACGGACAUACAUUUUGAUGCCAUAUCACUAAAAGUUGACAGGAGAUUGUAGCAUUCCUGAGGGUCACAAUGGAGAAACUCUCGGAGAAAGAGAAGGAGCUGAUCCGGGACAGUUGGGAGAGCCUGGGAAAGAACAAGGUGCCACAUGGAAUUGUACUGUUUACUAGGCUUUUUGAAUUGGACCCAGCACUGCUUGAUCUUUUUAGCUACAGCACAAACUGUGGUGUUCUACCUGAAUGCCUCUCUAGCCCAGAGUUCCUCGAGCAUGUCACCAAGGUAAUGUUGGUGAUUGAUGCUGCUGUGAGCCAUCUUGAUGAUCUAAAUACUUUGGAGGACUUCCUAUUGAACCUGGGAAGGAAACAUCAGGCAGUUGGAGUUAAGACCCAGUCUUUCACUUUGGUCGGAGAGUCUCUCCUCUAUAUGCUACAGUCCAGCCUUGGUCCAGCAUACACAGCACCUCUGCGCCAGGCCUGGCUCAAUAUGUAUGGCUUCGUGGUGUCCACCAUGACCAGAGGCUGGGCCAAAAAUGGAGAACACAAGUCCAACUGAGAAGAAGGUAGAUGUAAGAUUCACACUGAAGAUACGCUGAAACACCAUAUGUAAUAAAUGAUUGCUAUGGAGGUUGACCAGAUGUACAGUUACUUCACAAAAGUCUUUUGAAAGAGCUUGAUGGUUGAAGGGAACAUCUGUUCGGUCAAGUUGCGUUUGGCUACACGAACAGUCCUAGUUUUGAUAGCUUGUUCUAACUGUAGUGUGAGAAUGUAUGAGGUGUCAGAGAUAACAACGCCUAUGAGGUUGAUGGGUAAAAAUCCAGGACAUUGAUAGUUUAUGGUUGAAAUUGUAAAAGCUAAAUAGGCUUUGUACAUAUAGUCAUGACUAAAUGUAUUUCCUCAAACUAUCUUAAAUGACUGUCUAGAUGUAUUGAUGUUUCAUGUGAGCGUGCUCAACGCAGAAGUUUGACUAUGCACAGGAGUUUGGUCAUCUUAAAAAAUUUGAAAGAUGAUUUUUUUCUGACACACCUCUUGGAAUGAAGAUAAGACCUUUACAAUUGCUACAACAUUUUGAUCCUAAAUAAAGCUGGUUUGACUUCCCAAACAUACCUGUGCACUGUCAGGUUGAGGUUAGUGAUGUUAAAUAAAUUACCUGAACAUGGUUUAAAUGCUAUGUAUAUAUAUUAAAAGACCGCUUAAGAUUGUUGUCUUUUUUGAAAGACAAAUAAAAAAUUUGUAGCCAUAAUAAGUUACGGUUUUAUGUAAUCAUAAAGUGUAGGUUAACACAACCAUUGUAGUUUUCUGGCGAUGAGAGUUAAUGACGAGAACUGUUACAUCCAAAAUAGCUUUUGGAUUUUUUCGACUGUUAAUUUGUCAAUCUGUGCCAUCAAGUUUACAUUUCCAUUGUAUGGGACUCAUACAGCAUACUCAAAUGCUUACCAACAGACUUGUAUAGACUGUUAAAUGCUCUUAAAUGUGUGGACUUAAUGUGACUGUUACAGUAUAUCAUUUUAGUUGGAUGAAUUAUUAACUUUAGAGUUGUAAAUAAUACAUUUACGCCAAAUGGACAUGAGCUAAGGAUAAUGAUUAUUUUAUUUAAACCUCUUUGCGGUUUUGUUAGCAAUCAUUGUGAAUAAUACAGUUUUUUGGAGCUCAGAUGCAAAAGACACUAAACCCCAUCUCCGUAAAAAAAGUAUAUUUUGAUAUCCCGGCACGUAUUAUAUGUUUAUAAAAUACAUUCCCUUUAAAGGUGCAGUGUGUAAAUUUUAGCAGCAUCUAGUGAUGAGGCCGCGAAUUGCAACAAAUGGCUCAGUCCACUGCUCACCCCUCGCUUUUGAAAUGCAUAGAAAAGUAACGGUAGCCGCCACUGGAAAAACAUGUCAUCGUCGGAGACAACUUCGUAAAAAAGAUUUGUUCGAUAAAGCUCACGUAACACACGCUGUUUCUGCAUUUCUGAUGUUAAUCAAGAGUACAUAUAGAGUAGUAUGACAUCCUUUAUAUCUCCGAAGAGUCUUUAGUUUAAUCAGAUUUAUAAAAGAAAGAUUAGCUUUACCGAAUCUUUCUGAUAACGUAUGAAAAAAUGAAGAAGGAGGAGUUACUACCGCGGGUGGAGCGAGUACGAGUCAUGCAACACUAUACAGCUCUUAUAACUUAUGGUUUACUACAUGUUACGUGUCAUUUAUAUAAUAUGCACGCGCCUAUUUCCAACAUAAGGCAAAAGUCUUACUUACUGCAUGCAACUUGUGACCCGGUUGGGAAAGUCCAGCGCAUCAAACACACACGAAAAACUCUGCUGCUACCCUGGAUAAUAAACUAUAUCCAUUGUUUUCAUAAGGCUGGAUUUCUUCUCCUUACAUCCAAAAACACACUUCAUCUUUCGUGCCAUUGUUGAGUUUUGAAAUUAAACAAAGCUGAGUGGCGUGAUAUGAUGUUUGCAAGCUCUAGCGACUCCUGCUGAUUGACGGGUGGGCGGGGUUUUCCGGGGGAAGUGCCCAUAUAAAGAAGUGAUACGUAUAGAAAACCCCUGAAAUGUCAGUUGGACCUGUAAUCGAAAAAAACGUUCCGAAGCUUGUACGAACCCUGGCGAAGUGCAUUCGGCACAGAAAUACUCUGUAACACGCCCAAAUGCUUUUUUGCCACUUUGCCUACGUUUAGCAUGAGGAAACAACUCUAUAACUCUGUUAAUAAGUCAGAAUGCUUGAAAUACCAUUGAACCCACCCUCUAAGAGCUUCUGUAAAAAACAUGGCGGCACAAAAUGGCGACUUCCAAGUAAAGGGACCCUCUGUGUAUGUAGAUAAAAACAUCUUGUUGUAAGGUAAUAAAAACAUAAUGGGUUAUUAUGAAAGGUCUUUAUACACCCCUAAUAAUAUAGUUUAGUAUAUUAUUUUGCAUUUCUGUCAAGAGAUCCUUCUAAAAAUUACACACUGCACCUUUAAAUCGUUCAGAAAUACCAGUUUGUAAGCAGAAUCUGCUAGAAUCAGAUUUUUUAACAAAGUCCUCUAACUGCAUGAAUUGGAUAAAUGACAAGUGUCGCAAAACUACCAUGGAUUACAUUCAAACUUGUAUCCGUUGUGAGUACUUGGACCUGAAUACAACCCGAAUGUGACAGUGACAUGAAUCACAGCGGCCCCCAAUGCGUGGUUCUUUUUUCAUUUUUACAUUCUGACUUCAUCAUUAGCAAUGUUUUUAGUUGCAUCUUUAGUGAUUUUGCAACUGUUUACUAUGUCUUGUCCAAAGAAGUGGAAGUUUUUACCAAAAAAGUUGCAUGCACUUAGAGUUAACUAUCAAUGUUAAAAUGACCUACACAUUAGAGCCUGAUAAAAAUGACACACUUAGGGGGUUUUGCAUCUGAACUCCUCAUUUUUAAAAAACAAAAAAUAGUAUUAGUUGGCUUAUUAUUAUAACUAUGUCAGAACAGACUCUUAUUGUAUUACGUACAGAGUUACAUUUGUCGUUAUUAUGAGCUAUAGAAAAAUGUUACAAAGCGAUGAUAACCGUUUUGCUGCUAUCAUAUAUUAUUUCAGUAUCUUUGUAGAAAUAUGGUUUUCUUUGUACAAGAGAUAUUUCUACAUUUAAAUGGUUCUGUUCUGGCCACGUAU